UAUAGCGUACGAGGGCAGCCAGCCUUCAGUUGCACUUUCGAGCUUCACGCGCGCGAUUCAGCUUUUCGGCGGUUCUUAGCUGCGGAAUCAGGGUUUACCGAAAUCGACCAGUUACGUGUUGUGGGUGCUUGUUCUCAUCGCGUGGUGAUCGGUCGAUUUGAAUUUGGAACUGUUUUGUCUGGUGGCGCGUGAGCGAUUCGCCGAGUAAAUAUCUAGUAGAGUGUUGCGCACCGUGAUUUAUUCGGUCUAGCUGCCCUGAAUUUACAAUUCGGUUGCGCUUGUCAGACAAUUCUAGAAAAGGUAGCCGCGCCGACCUGAGUGUUUUGAAUGAAUUGAAUGUGAAAAUUGCAAUCGUAAUUGGAUGCACUUUAAGUUGCCCGCCCUUGGGGUGAAGUUAAGUGGAAGUGCUGUGUGGGGUACCUGAUCGUCGAUUUUUCUGAUCCAGCUUGCCGGUCUCCGGGAAAAAAAACAUUGGCUGAAGAAUUGUGGAAGAGUGCAGUGUAGUGAUCUCGAAGCAGGGCACUUGAGAAGGUCGUUCAGAGGAUUCUUUUCCUGGCCAAAAUUCAGUUAAAAAAACAGUGAUAAUUGCCAGCAAUCGAUUGUUGUAAGCCGGUCGAAAGUCAAUCGCCAGACGAAAAAAAAAAUCUACCAAAUACAGAGCUUUUAUAAGCGCCAUCAUCAUUAGCAUCAGCUGAUCGAAACUGAAGUGAAAAAUGCGGAAGCUGUGGAUUUUGGUUGCCAGUGCCCUGUUGGCGUUUGCCAAUUUCGUCAAAUCCCAAGAGACGGCGCGCAAUUUGUACAGUUCAAGAUAUGACAACCUGGACAUCGACACCAUUCUAGGCAGCACCCGUCUGGUCAACAACUACGUCGAUUGUCUCCUGAGUCGAAAACCGUGCCCACCAGAAGGCAAAGAUCUGAAACGAAUUCUACCGGAAGCAUUGCGAACCAAGUGUGGCCGCUGCUCGACGACCCAGAAAGAGAACGCGCUGAAGAUCAUCAGCACCCUGUACCUCAACUACCCGGACCAGUACCAGUCGCUACGGGAACGCUGGGAUCCGACCGGUGAAUACAAUCGCCGCUUCGAGGAGUACCUCCGGGAGCUGCAGUUCAAUCAAAUCGGUAGCAAUGGCAAUGGCGAUCGUCCGGUAAGAAACGACUUUGACCGGGAUCAGUCCCAGAUCCUACUGCAAACGCUGAUCUUGUCCUCGACGAGUCCCGCCACACUCCUGGCACCGAACAACAAUGUGUCCCCCACACCCAACACGAUCCCGAGUGGUCGUCCCGAUCAGCAGCAACGUCCCCAAGAAUUGGCCUCCUCGUCAGCACAGUUAACACUACCGGUAGCACCCGUUACACUUACCUCUACCACUACUACUACUACUACUGCAAGAACCACUACCAGUAGUACUACUUCUAGUACCACAACUACUACUACAACUAGCAUAGCUCCUCCUACCACUUCUACUACCAUUCUUACCACUUCUACUACUACUACUGCUCAGGGAUCUUCGAGUAGCUCUACUGUCCCAAGUAGCACUACGGUAUCCGAAAUUGGUGGUUCUGGUUCUGGUGGCCCCCCCUCGGAUAAUAACCCUGGUAGUAGAAGUCCUGGAGGAGAAUCACAACAAACGGAAGCGAACUUCAACCCAAUCGCCGCUGCCGGUUCUGAACCGAACGUCCCUAACAAUACUUCACCGCCGCCGGCCACAAACCCUACUUCGACGUCCUUGUCGGUGGCCAUAGACUCGGUUUCAACCGAGUCGACCAUCAACCUGGGCAAUCGAUUCGGCUUCGAUAACGAAGAUGGUGGUAUCCCAAUGGCAAUGGCACCGGGAGCUUCGGGACAACGGCCAGGAAUCACUCCGAGUACGGCGCGGCCCACGACAACUGCGGCUGCGGUCACGGCCAGAAUGACGACGAGGACGACGACGACGACGACCACAACCCGACGUCCAGCGCCGGCGAUGACCAGGCCUCCACAGACUACUUCGAGCAGGCAAACCACAACCACUGCUCCGAGAACGACGACGACACGUUUUAUUCCACAGCCUCAGCUGGCUCCACAAGUACCAUCGAUUCCGGUGGCACUUCCCUCAGGAACGGUCAACAAUUCCCCAAUUCAGACGCGAACCGGCUAUUCCGGUUCUGGAUGUAGUGAUUGUUGAACAGCAGCAACCGCAAUUCCAAGCACCGGCACCGCACGUCAACCGAUUCUCCAACAGCAGCCAGCACAACAACAGCCACAAUUCGAAACAAACACCCCGAAUAAUCUGAUCGAUAACUUUUUCAUUCCUCCCGGGCAGGGCGUCGGACCGAUUGGCGGCGGAAACGUGAAACCGGAGCCCG